AUGAAGAGACAGAACCAGAGUGUGAUCACGGAGUUCGUCCUCGUGGGCUUCUCAAACCUGGGCCAUCUGCAGACCCUGCUCUUCUUUAUCUUCCUGCUGGUCUACCUGACCACUCUGACGGCCAAUGGCACCAUCAUGACUGUCAUCCGCCUGGAAAAGGCUUUGCACACCCCUAUGUACUUCUUCCUCUUCAUUCUUUCUUGCUCUGAAACCUGCUACACUUUGGUCAUUGUACCCAAAAUGCUAACCAACCUACUGUCCACAGUUCCAACCAUUUCUUUCUCUGGGUGUGCUGCCCAGCUCUAUUUCUUUGUGGGCUUGGCUUGUACCAACUGUUUUCUCAUUGCUGUGAUGGGCUAUGAUCGCUACGUUGCCAUCUGCAACCCUCUUAACUACACACUUAUUAUCAGCCGAGCCACCUGCAUGCAGUUGGUUCUAGCCUCCAGCAUUUGUGGUUUCCUCAUCUCUGUGGUUGUCAACAUCCUGGUGUUCAGUGUGCCCUUCUGUGCCUCCAAUCGGAUCAACCACUUUUUCUGUGACAUUUCCCCUGUCAUAAAACUGGGCUGCACAGACACCAACCUGAAGGAAGUGGUCAUCUUCUUCCUCAGCAUCCUGGUAUUACUGGUCCCCUUUGUGUUGAUCUUCAUCUCCUACAUCUUCAUCGUUUCCACGAUCCUCAAAAUCUCCUCCAUGGAGGGACAGUGUAAAGCCUUUGCCACCUGUGCCUCCCACCUCACAGUGGUCAUUGUCCACUAUGGCUGUGCCUCUUUUAUCUACUUGAGGCCCACAUCCCUGUACUCCUCAGACAAGGAUGGGCUUGUGGCAGUGACCUACACUGUGAUCACCCCACUACUCAACCCCCUUGUCUACACACUGAGAAAUAAAGAAGUAAAGAUGGCUCUGAGAAAGGUUCUGAGUAGAUACUCAUUUCCCAAAACACUGUGA